CACUUCGCACGCGAACUUGACAGCAGCCUUCAGAAGCGACUCGCGCGCGUAACGGUCGCCAGGAGACUCAGACCGAGCGGAGGGGUUUGAGCGGGCGGGUGAGCGGAGUGUGUAAACAGGGUUUAAAGGCUGUAUUUUGAGGGUGAAGAAGAAGCGGGGAGGAUUUAGGAGUGUGUAUCGGGGCUGUAGGAAGGUGUUUGUGUUCCGCCGCCUCGCCUGUUUUGUUUGUUGGUGUUGGCGUGUCUUUGUCCAGCACUUCUCUCCAGCGGUGAAGUCCCGCGGAGGAGCGGCUCGGCUCUCAGGCUGGAUUUAACUAACUUCACUCAGUAUUUGAACAAAACUCAACCUGUAGAAGAGCACAGAUGAGAGACCAAUGACCGGGGCGCGCUGUUUACGCACUCUCACCCCUCUCUGAACGGAUUUAACGCGGUUUUAAAACACGACUCUCUCUCGGAUGUGACAGUUGUAGUUGUGAGUGAGUGAGCGAGUUUUUGGACGGUGACUCUCCCGCGCAGUGAAUGCGCUCCCAAUGCAUUCUCUGCUGCUGUCUCCAAAGAGUAAAGAAGCCGGGUUUGGGAUCGACCUGUCUCCGGGCUCGGCGAGGAUCAUGUUCAGCUGUGUGGGAUGUUUCUGGGUGCUCCUCUCCUCCGCCCUGGUCGCCGUCUGCAGCUUCAGCUUCAUUUCUCCCGCCUGGAUCGUGAAGGACCACGGCCGGGGCGAGGACUCGGUCAGCUUCGGCCUGCUGUGGCACUGCUCUGAGUCUCUGGACCACAUGUACCGCUGCUACACCUUCGGGGGUCUGGGCAGGUUCGCGGAGAUCCCCUCCAGCUCCUGGCAGACGAGUGCAGUGCUCUGCUCUGGAGGUUGUGCGCUGCUGGCAGUCAGCUCCCUGCUGGCCAUCAUCACCAUCUUCUUGCCCAGCGGUUCCUGUGAGAGGAGGAUUUGCACGCUGGCCGGCUACAUGCAGAUGGCUGCAGUGUUCAUCAUGGCGUCUGGUCUGCUGGUGUAUCCCUUUGGCCUGAACUCCAGCCUGGUCAAGUCCUUCUGUGGAAACUCUGAUAUCUACUAUGCUGGAGAGUGCCAGAUAGGCUGGGGAUACAUGCUGGCUAUAGUGGGUGUGAUGCUCACGCUUUUCCUUCCCUUUUUCGCCAAGUAUGCACCCAAGGAGCAGCUGUCACCCACCCCGCUGCCCACGCUGUUAUAAAAUUGGAGUGCUUAUGAUUUCAUGGAAAUAGUUCUAUCUGCAUUUAAUUGCAGAUAAACCUUUUCUUUUAUUCUUGGUUGGUGGUGAUGAUGAUGGUGAUGUCAUUUUGGUGCCCAGAAGAGCCUUUGUUUUGCUUUCAGUGUGUGAUGUGCUACAUUGUCUUCCCUCAUUUGAUAAACUAUCAAUUUGUCGGGCAUCCCUUAUAAUAAAAAAUGUUUUUUUUGAAACAUUAUUUUGGGAUUUAAAGUGAAGAUGGGAUGGAGUUUCCCCCCUCAGACUAUAAACUAACCUAUACUCCAGACUACAUAAACCCAAAAUGGAAACAUCAAAACUGGAUUUUUUUUGUAAAGCAACAGCAGGCAACACUGUUCGAACAGUGAAUCCAACAUUUUGAAUAAUCUCCUAACCCUUUUUUAAAAAGGGGUUUAAAAAAGACACGGUUAAAUGUGAAGAAUUCAAUGACGAGGAGAAGCACCCGGACAAAAAUCUGGGAUUCAUCACAAGGAACUUCAGAAGAAAAGCACGGGAUAUUCAUAAAUCUUUCAUGUAAUAAUGAGUAAUCCUUAACUAAAAAGGAUAACUAAAGAAUACAACAAAAAUAUUCUCUUUACGGAUCUACUGACAAUGGAGAACUUCGAUUCUUCAUUGAUUAUGUUGUUGGAACAAGUUCUUAAAAAAAUGGAUUUGGGAUGUCGAAGAAAAUCUAAAUGCUUCAACAUUUUUGGAGAUUUUGCCAUACUUUUACAGUUGACCUAAUGCAGUGUUGAUCCAAUAUCUACAAACACUGUGGCUAAAGAGCUAUGAGAAGAAGAUAAUAAUAAACUCACUAUCUGUAUAUGCCAGUUUCAUUAAUUGGUUUCCAAAAGUGUUCUAAUCAAUUUUCUUUUAUAUUAGGGAGUGUGACUUCUCAGUGGACCUCCAAGCAGCAGCAGGACAACGGUGACUCAAUUUCUUAAUGAAACAAACCCCACAGCUACAGUACAGCCAGUCCUCUUAGGCACUAAUCUUUCUUUGCCAACAAAGCUGUUUAAUAUUUAAUGACCUGAAAUUUGAAACCCCUGAAAUCCUGCCAUUACUUUUUAAGUGUUUCAAGAGGAAACUUGCUUGUCAAGGUCAUGCUGUCUGUUUUGUACUUAACCCCUCCACUAAAACCAAAUUCAGGAUUUUCUGUAAUCAGGAGAAAGGCAAAGAUAUAAAUACAAUGUAAAUCAUAAAAAUACACGAAGCUGGGCUCAGUCAACAUUAAGACACUCUAGACGAAAACCCUUUCUGCCCUAACCAACUUGUGCCUUUUAACCAUGACUAAAAAGACUUCAAUUCCUUUUAUCAGGUUAUCUACUUCUGCUGAAACUGUGGUUUUGUAAAUGCUUCCUUGUUUAUUUUCCACUGUGUUGUGCAUUUCUGCAUCUGUCUUGGGUUGUUAUAAAUGAAAAGAGGGUUGUUUCUAUUGUAAAUCAUCCAUACUGUACAGCAACUUCACAUUAAGCAGGUGUGUUAUAAUGCUUUGAAAAAAUAGACAGACUGUAAUGUAAAAAGGGCGCAAUGACAAGUGUUCAACCGAGGAAAGGAAAAAAUGUUGUGAAAGGAGAGAACAGAACAAAAGGGCAAGACUCCAUAAACAGCCAAGACAAAUAAAAUGUCCCUGCCUGUAUCAUAAAACAUCUGUCUGUUACUAAAAAUAUUUUAGUUAAAAAACGAAUGAACAGGUGAAGUAUUACAUUAGUAAUACUGCUUUUUACAAAAACAAACAAAAAGAAGAUCUUCAAUGCUCAAAACCUUUACGAGUUGAACCUAGCCCUUUUUCAUUUUCUGUUGAUACCUUCCUGUGUAAUGUGUUCAGAGUGGUUAAAGGAGUAAAGCCACUGAGCUAUGUUCCUACCAUUCUUUCAUUAAUGUGACUAAGCAUGCAGUGACAUGACUCUGAACAAAGCCAGCUGAACAAAUGAUUUCCUCAAAGUGUGAGUAAGUGUAUGCCUUUACACCUUUGAUGUUUUAUGUUUUGCUCUUUUGUUUUUUGCUAAAACUUACACUGCUUGCCUGUGUAUGUUGAGGGACUGUCUUAAGAAGGCACUAAUGAACAUCAAAAGAUCUUUUUCUGAAGAGAAACAAAAAGUAUGUAGUUGUGCAGAAGUUCCCAGACUGUGCUCAGAUGAUGCUGUAAUUAUAAUAACCCUAGGCACAGGGAUCCCUUUGGUCUGUAAUAAUGUAUGUGAAAUCUGAUCACGCAUUACGGAUUCUGUAGAGUAGUUGUGUGGUUUUGGCUGUAAAUAAUUAUGUAAGAUGGCUGUUCAUGCUGAAAAGAUUGGUCCCCUUUUUAAAAGCUAUAUUUUGGGAUAUUACCUCAUUAAUGUGUUUGUUUAACCCUUGACCCUCAACAAGACGUGCUGUUAAAUGUUUGCCCUUUGUAAUAAAAUGUUUCCAUAACAAAAAA